AUGACGGAGAGACUUGUAUCUCAUUCCUUCACUCCGACAGGUGAAGUCCUCCUCCACCAUGUGCGGCCUAACGAUGUAACGGAGCUGGGUAGGUGCCUACACUGGAUGGAUAUCAGCUACAUAUUCCUCGAGAGAACCAUAUUCCCAACCGAGUUCAUCGUUCGCUGGGCGAUCUUCCAACCCCUACACGACUACAAUACCAUUCUUUUCGCGGACGCACAUGCCUUCGCUGAUUUCAUGCGCUCCGCCGAGCCGCGCGGUGUCGUCUGGGUUGACGAGAAACUGUCCACAUGGACGCACGACAUCGAGGACAACGUCGGUGACGCUCGUCGACGCGACUACGCGGCUGGUCGUCAGAUCUACGGCAUUCUGCGCUGGUUGCUGGUACAUAUUGCAUUCGCCUGGGAAGAGAACUAUGCCACGGUUGCGAACCUUCGCAACGCCAUGGACUGGUAUGCUGUAAUGCAGAAAAUUGCAACGACCAUGGUCGAGCGUUAUCGAGUGAGGGGUCCGGAUGUGGAUCAUCCCCUGGGACUGGGUUAUACUGCUUUCAUGGCGGGUCUGAAAGACGGGUUUCCGGACAGGGUCGAGCAUCCUUUGGAGCAAAGUGUGUUGAUUACUUUCUCGUCGCGCUCUGAGCACGAGGGUAUUACGAUGUUGCCCAAUUUGGCCUUCUCGCUCCCGGAGGGCUGGUAA